AUGGCCCGCAACUUUCAACCCUUCGCAAUACUUCCGGUCCUGGUGAUCGCGACAGCUUUUGUGUUGUCCUUCCUCUGCAUCUUUGCUGGCAAUAAUUCUGGAUUCCUGGAAGAUUACUAUGUCUUCAACCUCAACACGACUCGAUUUGGCCAGAAUGCAGUGGAGAAAAUCGAUAACAAGAUCAUGGGGCUGAAUGUGACCCGGGUCCUCACCAAGCGCGAUCUGGUAGAAGUCCCCAUGAUGAUCGAUGUCAACGUUGCGGCCCAUGUGACUGCACCACCUGGAGCACACAUCACACUCGCACCAAGAAAUCCCGACGGCCUCGAUGACUUCGUGGACGGCAUCUCUGACGGCAUCGCUUCGAUCAAGAGCGACGCAGGAGAAGCCGUCGGCGAUGCAAUCACCUCUGCCAAAGACGGCAUACAGAGCAAAGCAACAGCCAUCGCGUCUGCAGUCGAAUCCAAAGCCAGCUCAGUCGAAGGAAUAGUCGUCUCGAAAAUCUCCUCUGCUGUCGCCUCUGUGCAGACCGCAGUCGUUGAACAAGUUAACGAAACCUACUCCGACUUUCUCGCCACUCUGGACCUCGACGGCUUCUACAGCGUCCACCUUGUCACAACCUGCUCUGGCGAAUAUAAGACCCCAUCAGGCGUCAACAUUACUGUCGGCGGCUCACCCUUGCCUCCCAAUGGAACCGAAAAGAUCAUCGAAGAAUGCAAGGACCAUUCCGCUCUCAACCCGCUUAGCCUUGUCCGUGUCCUCUUUGAGAUUGGCAUCUUCUUCACUGGUCUCUGUCUGCUCGCGUCAAUCUGGGCAGUAAUUUCAUACUCGCGCAAGAAGGCAAUCCUGAACGUCGUUCUCUGCGUUCCAGCACUAGGCUUCUUCGCCCUCGGCGCUGCCGCUACCCACGGGAUCGCAACUGCUGCCGCCGCAGUCAUCAAUGUCCUCGGCGACGACGUCGGCCUCAAAGCCAACGCAGGACACAAACUGAUUGCACUCGUUUGGGCAACAACGAUUCUGGUCCUCAUCUCCGCCUGCCUCUGGACAAUCUUGGCCUUCACAGGCGAGCACCUUCCCGAUCUCAGACGCUCUCAUCGUUCAGGAGACAUGAUGAGCGAGAAGAAUCCGGAAGGCCUGCCCCAACAUGAGCUGAAGAUUGUGCACCCUGGCGAGCCAGGCUACGAACGUGGUCCAACAGGGCAUUCGGAUGUUGCGGCUUGGGCGGCUGCGGGAGCGCAUCGGGGUUAUCAGCAGAAUCCGCAGCAAACGAGUCAGCCGCAGAGCGAGCAAUCGAGAAAGUUUGCGAAGAAGAAUAGUUGGUAUGUGAGAGGGUAG